AUGCUAAGAAGAUACUCCGUGAAGCUGAUCAAGUUCGCGGACGACACCACCCUCAUUGGACUCAUCUCCAAUAACGAUGAGUCCUACAGGAGGGAGGUGGACCGGCUGGUGUCCUGGUGCAGUGGUAACAACCUGGAGCUGAACGCCCAGAAGACAGUGGAGAUGAUUGUGGACUUCAGGAAGAGCACUGUCCCCCCGCCCCCACCCUCCGUGAUGGACUCCCCCAUCACCUCUGUGGAGUCCUUCCGUUUCCUGGGCACCACCAUCACCCAGGACCUCAAGUGGGAGCCGACCAUCAGCUCCCUCAUCAAGAAAGCCCAGCAGAGGAUGUACUUCCUGCGGCAGCUCAGGAAAGCCAAGCUGCCUGCACAGAUGUUGGUGCAGUUCUACACGGCCAUCAUCGAGUCCAUCCUCACCUCCUCCAUCACCUCCUACAUCUCCUCCUCCAUCACCUCCUCCAUCACCUCCUCCAUAUGCGAGCCGAUUCACCUGGACACUGCAAAAUACGGGAGCUACACAAUGAUGAAUCUCAAAGCUAACCGGGUAAUUGACAUUCAGCUUGUUCAGAGUAAUGAAGUGGGGAACAGUGUUCGCAUGGAGAAGGAGGGAUUUGUCCGUAGUCUGACAAUGCUUGAAGAGAGGGGUGUUGAAGUGCAAGCGAUUGUGACUGACCGACACUCGGGCGUCCAGAAGUUUUUACGGGAACAAAGACCGGAUAUCAGUCACUACUUUGAUCCUUGGCACAUGGGAAAGGGAAUCGGGAAAAAAAUGGAGGAGCUGGGGAAGAAAAGGGGAACGGAGGACGAGCUGCGUAUGGACGAGGCUCGCUUUCAGCGGUACUUCCGAAUGUCAGUAGCCCAGUUUGAUGACCUGCUCACCCGCAUCGGAGCUCGCAUCGCCCGCAUGGACACCAACUACAGGCGCUCGAUUCCCGCGGAAGAGCGCCUGUCUAUCUGUCUGAGGUUUCUUGCUACUGGGGACUCCUUCAGGACCAUAGCAAGCAGCUUCAGGGUGGGCAUCUCCACCAUCUCCAGCAUCAUCCCAGAUGUGGUGGCAGCCAUCUGGGACGGCCUGGUGGAGGAGUUCAUGCCUGUGCCUGGAGAAGAGGAGUGGAGGUUGUCUGCUAUGGAGUUUGAGGAGCGGUGGAACUUCCCUCUUUGUUGUGGUGCUAUAGAUGGGAAGCACAUCAACCUCAAGGCACCCCCCAACUCAGGCUCCCUGUACUUCAACUACAAGGGUAAUAGUUCCAGAUUCUGCAGCUGUCUCCGACUUCACAACAUGUUCAAGCAUGGCCUCAAUUACAAGUGCAGCAGCAGGGGAACGACCGGCAGCAGAGGAAGAACCAGCAGCAGAGGACGGUCCAGGAGCCGAGAACGGUCCAGAGGCCGAGGACGGUCCAGAGGCCGAGAACGGUCCAGGAGCCGAGGACGGUCCAGGAGCCGAGAACGGUCCAGAGGCCGAGGACGGUCCAGCACUCGGCUCUGUCUCUGA